AUGCGGUUGAGUGCUUUUCUCCAGCACGUACGGGGACCUAAGUUACGUCCAUUCCGCCAGCCAACUCAUCCCUCAGGACCUUCCCAAGCCAGAUGGCAAUCCUCGCCAGCUUUGGAUGAGAUCACUGAAGAUGAUAAGAAUCGAAUCUACUUCCUAGGGCUCGGUAACAAAGGCACUCUAGUUGCAGCUUGUAUGGGAGAGAGCCGUAGACGUCCUCCUAUCACAUUGCUCACCGCAAAUGAAGCCAGGGCGGACGCUCGUUCUGAGGCAGGCCAAAAGAUUUCAAUGUUCGUAAAUGGCGAGGAAGUAGUGACUGGAGGCUAUGAUGUAGAAGUGAUUCCGAAGAGAAAGCGAAUACGACAGGUCGACUCAAAAUCCGAUGACAGCAAAUCGUCGAUUAAGAAGAAGGUCCGACCAAUCCUGAAUCUGGUAUGCGCUAUCAGAUCAAAGUGGGCAGCUGGUGCUAUAUUUGAGAUUAAACAUAGACUACUUCCAAACUCUACAGUAUUGGUAAUCGCGGACGGACUCGGAGUGCUGGAGGAAAUCUUCAACGUAAACUUCCCAGACGCUCGUACCCGCCCAUCCUUCCGGUUAGGUCUAUCGAAUCACGGUGUGUGGGAGAGAUCCGGCCUUGCGACUAAUCCGUACGAUUAUAAAGAUAGUGUUACGCAAGUGCUAGCAGGUUUACAGGUUGCCACGACUGGAUAUUCAUUGAAUUAUGAUGGUUCAGGAGAAUUAAUGAUAGGCCCCCUUGCGGUCGAUUCACUUUCCACGAGCAGACUUGAGGAAGCGCAGAGAAUGAACAACGCUCAGUACCUGGUAAACCAUUUGCUAGAUUCCCCGAGAUUGAGCGCCCUCGAGGUACCUCACCGAAAACUUUUAUUCCAGCGAUAUAGGAAACUUGCCAAAGACGCGGUGGUCGGUCCUCUUGUCACUUACUUCGAAUGCCCUGGUGAAGAGCUAAUUCAUCUCCCUGAUGCACAAUUUCUUAUGGCCAACCUCAUCAAAGAGGCUUGGGAAGUCGUCCGUCGUGAUCUACCUGGCACUCCAAUUGAGGAGGUACGGAUAUGGAUCCGGGUAGAGCUCUAUGUUACAAGGCAUCCUAGCAAAACGAAAAUACACUCAAUGGCUAGCUACGCAAUCCGUGGGAUGGAUACGGGAAUAGAAAAGAUCAACGGAUGGCUCAUAGGAAGAGCCCGACAGUAUGGCAUCCGUUUGCCUACACAUGAACUCAUGAUGGACUUCGUAAUCAAGAAGACAGUGGAACGAAGUAAAUUGCUCAAAGAGCAGGCACUUGCAGAGCAACAGAGUAAAUCUCAACCAGUCCCUGAAGUUACACAGAUCCGACGGGUUCCCUACGGGCAAGGCGACCAAGAUGAAGCAAAGCCGUAUGAGGAGAGACCUGACAGGUUGACCAUAAGGCGAGAAAAGAAAGCGCAACGUCAACGAGAAGGACUUGGUAAUCAACCGAUGCCAGAAACCUAUGCGAAGCCUCGCAUUACUCCCCUAGGAAAUGCACAAAUACGACAUGAGAAGACAGGACCAGGAGGUUCAGAAAAUGGACCUUCAGAUGCUCCACGAAAUAAACCAAGGAAAGCCUAG